GGGGCUGCCAUGGCGGCGGCGGGCCGGCUGCCGAGGUCCUGGGCGCUGCUGGCGCCGCUCUUCGCCGGGCUCGCGGUGCUAGGAGUCGGGCCGGUCCCGGCGCGGGCGCUGCACAACGUCACAGCCGAGCUCUUUGGGGCCGAGGCCUGGGGCACAUUGGCGGCCUUCGGGGACCUCAACUCCGACAAGCAGACGGACCUCUUCGUGCUGCGGGAAAGAAAUGAUUUAGUCAUCUUUUUGGCAGACCAGAAUGCACCCUAUUUUAAACCUAAAGUGAGGCUAUCCUUGAAGAAUCACAGUGCAUUGAUAACGAGUGUAGUCCCUGGGGAUUAUGAUGGAGAUUCACAAAUGGAUGUCCUUCUGACGUACUUUCCCAGAAAUCGUGCCCACAGUGAAUUAGGAGCUGUCAUCUUCUGGGGACAAAAUCUGACAUUAGACCCUAAUAAUAUGACCAUACUCAACAGGACUUUUCAAGAUGAGCCACUAAUUAUGGACUUCAAUGGUGAUUUAAUUCCUGAUAUAUUUGGCAUGACAAAUGGAUCCAACCAGCCACAGGUAUUAUUAGGAGGGAAUUUAUCAUGGCAUCCUGCACUGACCACCACAAAUAAAAUGCGGAUUCCACAUUCUCAUGCAUUUAUUGAUCUGACUGAAGAUUUCACUGCAGAUUUAUUCCUCACAACGUUGUCUGACUCUAGUACCUUCCAGUUUGAGAUAUGGGAAAAUCUGGAUGGAAACUUCUCUGUCCAUAGUGUAUUGAAAAAACCUCAAAAUAUGUUGGUGGUCGGACAAUCAGCAUUUGCAGACUUUGAUGGAGACGGACACAUGGACCACUUGCUACCAGGGUGUGAAGACCAGAACUGCCAGAAAAGCGUCAUCUACUUAGUGAGGUCCGGGACAGUGCAGUGGGUUCCAGUCCUACAAGAUUUCAGCAGUAAGGGCACCCUAUGGGGCUUCGUGCCAUUUGUACAUGAGCAGCCACCGCUUGAAAUUUCUGUUCCUAUUACCCUUCACAUUGGAGACUACAACAUGGAUGGCUACCCAGAUGCUCUUGCCAUACUGAAGAAUACAUCUGGAAGCAGUCAGCAGGCCUUCUUGCUGGAGAAUGUCCCUUGCAACAACGCAAGCUGUGAGGAGGCACACCGCAUGUUUAAAGUCUACUGGGAGCUGGCGGGCCUAAACCAGAUCAAGGAUGCCAUGGCUGCCACCUUCUUUGACAUCUACGAAGAUGGAAUCUUGGACAUUGUAGUACUAAGCAAAGGGCACUCCAAGAAUGAUUAUGUUAUCCAUACAUUAAAAAAUAACUUUGAAGCAGAUGCUUAUUUUGUUAAAGUCAUUGUUCUGAGUGGUCUGUGUUCUAAUGACUGUCCUCGUAAGAUAACACCCUUUGGAGUAAAUCAGCCUGGACCCUAUAUCAUGUAUACAACUGUAGAUGCAAAUGGGUAUCUGAAAAACGGUUCAGCCGGCCAGCUCAGCCAGUCUGCACAUUUGGCUCUCCAGCUACCAUAUAGUGUACUUGGCUUAGGUCGAAGUGCAAACUUCCUUGACCACCUUUACGUUGGUAUUCCACGCCCAUCUGGAGAGAAGUCUAUACGAAAACAAGAGUGGACUGCAAUCAUUCCAAAUUCCCAGCUCAUUGUCAUUCCGUACCCUCACAAUGUCCCUCGAAGCUGGAGCGCCAAACUGUACCUUACACCAAGUAACAUUGUUCUGCUCACAGCUAUAGCUCUCAUCGGCGUCUGUGUUUUCAUCUUGGCGAUAAUCGGCAUUUUACAUUGGCAGGAAAAGAAAGCAGAUGACAGAGAAAAACGACAGGAAGCCCACCGGUUUCAUUUUGAUGCUAUGUGACCUGCCUUCAUUAUCACAUGAUGGAAUGGCUGGUCACUUGAUUAAUGGAAAGCUAAAUUCUGGCUUAUAGAAGAAAAUAGGGAAGUUUGAGUAUUAUUUAUAAAUGAUGCAUCCCUUGGUGAUUAUUGGAAAGUAUUCAAAUAAAUAUGGUCGGAAUGUGUCACAAGGUCUUUUUUUUGUAAGCGCUUUGUAUACAAAAAUUUUGUUCUCUAUCCAGUAAUGUACAUUUUUGUUCCUUUGUGGAAUGUAUUGCAUGUACUCCGAAGUUUAUGUAUUUAUAAUCUUAUUAGAGUAAUGAUGAUGGAAAAAGACGUGUAAAUAAAAAUAUUUAAGUAAGCAG